AUGGCACAACUAUUUUGCGAGCCUUUUCCUACCAGUUCUUGGUUUCUCUCCACAGAUUUUCCAAUUUAUUUGUUCAAUCAUGCCAAGCAUAGACUUCAGUUUGAUAAUUGUAAGGGUGAUCUCAAAGUUCAAGGGUAUGGUCUGAUUGAAAUUAUUGAUAGUUUUGAUGGUCUUGGAGAUAAGUUUUUCUGUGAGCACGAGCAGCAGAUGUUAAGUGAGAAAAUCCCAUGGUUGGCAAUCGUUGUUAAUCUUUAUUUCAUUCCAAGCUUGUACAACGUUCCAAGUUUCAAGUUAGAACUAGAUAUGUUAUUUCCAGAGCAAGAGACUGUGUUUCACCACCUUGGAAGGUAUUUGUUUCAUCCCUCAAAUCAAGUUUGGAGUAGAACGGUGAGAAUUUAUGAGGAUUACAUAGCUAAUGCAAGUAAAGUGGUUGGUAUUCAAAUGAGAUUGCUAGAGCACCUUGGAUCUAAUGGUCAUGAACAUUUUCUAAACAAGAUGAUCGACUGUGCUCAAGACAAUGGCCUCCUUCCAAAAUCCAUCAAGUCCAACAAUUCAACUCAAGCUUCUAGAAUUCCCACACAAUUCAUUACUGCUAUAGUGACUUCACUUGAUGGGAUGUACUUUAAGAGGUUGAGAGAACUCUACUUGAAUUCUGCAGAAGAUGGAUCAUUAGUUCGAGUUUUCACUCCAAGCCAAGAGAAUGAGCAAAAGGUUGACAAUCAAGAGCAUGAAGAGAAAGCACUUGCAGAGAUGUUUUUGCUUUCUUUCUGUGAUGAGCUAAUAACAAGUCCUGGAUCAACUUUUGGAUAUGUUGGCCACGGCCUUGCAGGAAUAAAGCCUUGGAUCCUAGAUAACAAGAAGAACUGCUCUAAGAUGGUGUCACUUGAGCCUUGCUUCCAUGCGAAAGUUACAUAUGGAUGUAAGUGUAUGCCUCCAAAGGAUGCUCUUAGUGUUCAACAUAAUAUUCAAAGCUGCCAAGAUGUUACUUGGGGAAUUCAGUUAAAAUCAAUAAUAUUGUAAUUUUUUCCACUUCAAAAUAAUAUAACACAUUUUUUUUAUUCUAUG